GAACCAAUAUGCAUUUAUAUGUAUUGCUUUAUAUUCAAAGAAUUGUACAGUGUCCUAGUUAAUGUAUUGACACUGGCAUAGUCUCUUUACUAGCUGAGCACGUUCAUGAAGAUAAUUUUUUCUUUCUUUCUAUCUUUCUUUAUUGCAGUUAUAAAAGCCCAUAGAAAAGGACACACAUACAUACAUAUACUUUAAAAAGACCGCUAGCUACACAGCAGACCAUAACAAUUGUAGAAAUGACAAUUUAUGUAGUACAUGUAAUUACUUCUCAGACUUACUCUGACCGCAUAAUAUUGUUUAAAACAGCGCUAAACCCAUUAGUGGGCUUAUACUACCAGUUUUACAUGAAUGCUUCAAUAUAUAAUGGUUGAUAUGUACUCAAUUUUGCAAAGAUAAUUAUUAUAUCAUCUUGUAUCCUUAAUACAAUAGAAAGCAUUGCCGAAAGUUUUACUUUGAGAUGAUGUAGCACCGACUCUUUAUCCAAGGACCAAACACCUAAGACUUACGAUUUCACGUUUUCUUGCUAUUGUGAACUAGCCGAGACCUCUUGAAGCAUUUGAUGCAGCUGUUAACACACAGCCCUAUCUUCUUCAGAUCACGUGGCCCUUUGUCAAGGGAACGCAACAGGAUUACGAUACGGCUGGAAUACGACCUGCGCACUUGGGCAGCCUACGCACAGUGAUUGCGGUCGUCGGCAAGCUCUGUUGAAAAAAGUACGGCGUCCCUGGAAUGUAAACAGUGUAUGUAUUCUUUUGCUUCUCUUUAUCACAUCUGCGAGAGCAGAGCGUAUGUAACGAGCCUGUUUUAUUUUUGUAGCAGGGGAUUUUUCAACAGAAAAGCGCCGAAAUGAAACUUGCCGCCGCGGGACUCUGCAUCUGACAAAGGACUGCAGUUCUUUGGUUGAAGCGGUGGGCAACAGGUACCAGCAAACCGAGUGAGUUUCCUUCGUGAUUUCCCUCUGGUAAAGGGUAGUUUGUUUGUUCGCGAUAAGGCUCUGUGUGUGACGUUAUAAUUGCACACUAACCGUCGGUAACUACGGUUUUCCAGUAGGUCCUGUAAGGGUUGAGGGGAUGGCGUCAUCUCAAUGAACCUUUUCUGUAAAAUGUAGAAUGCGUCUGUGCAAAUUUGUUGCAGACGGGCGUCGUUUGAGACUGAAAUGUUAUACCUCAGGGGAAUAUUUCAUGGGAUUAUGACUCUGAUUCCCUACAACACCGUGGCGCAUUAGCUUCAAAGAUUUGUACAGUAAUCAAAUAAAUGUCUCUCACGUCGCUUUCAUCUGAUGUUUUCCGCGCGGGCUCCCAGGGACUAAUUUGCAUGAAGUGGGCGAAGCUGCAGGAAGGCCAUUCCCUGUUAGUCCUCAUCUUCAGAGCAAUUGCCCUCGUGAUACUCCGGAUUCAUACCAGUGCUUUUUGUCCCUCAGGGAUAGUGUAGCAGUCGGCUCGUGAACUCACCGCUCUUCUGCACGGUCGGGCGGACAUGUUUCCACCAAGCCAAGUCGGCGUUAGUCCACCACAAGCGGCGGACACUUGUUUGGCCUGCUGGUAGCGGGCGCGCUCUGUGAUGACGGCGCCGCGCCCGACACGGACGGCCACCAUGCAGCGUUCCAACACCGCGAUGCGGAAGAACCACCGGCGGGCCAACCAGCGAGGCGCCGCGUACAUCUUCAACGACAAGUGCCCCCUUCUGACAGUCGAGGAGGAACGUUUUCUGACCGCCGCCGAGUACGGCGACAUCCCUACCGUACGGAAACUGUUGGAGGAGUCGACAACACUGAACGUGAACUGUGUGGAUUACAUGGGACAAACGGCUUUGCAACUGGCAGUGGGUAACGAACACCUCGAGGUAACAGAGUCACUCCUAUUACAGCCCAACACUCAAAGAAUAGGAGACGCCUUGCUUUUGGCCAUCAGUAAAGGAUAUGUGAGGAUUACAGAGACGUUGCUGAACCACCCGGCUUUCAGCGAGAAGCACAAACGGUUCGGCGGACUCCUAAACACCAGCCCUACCACGGAACAGUUGGAGGGUGACAUCGCCGAGUUUUACCGGAUGGACCAGGACGGUACGCGCUUUUCUCCCGAUAUCACCCCAAUCAUACUCGCGGCUCACUGCAAUGAGUAUGAGAUCGUACAGAUGCUGCUCAUGCGGGGAGCCAAGAUCGAGAGACCGCACAACUACUUCUGUCGGUGCGAGGAGUGUAUCAGGAAACAGCGCUCCGAUUCCUUCAGCCACUCUCGGUCGCGAAUUAACGCGUACAAGGGAUUAGCCAGUCCGGCGUACCUGGCGCUUUCCAACUCGGACCCGGUCAUGGUGGCCCUGGACCUGUGUAACGAACUGGCCGGCCUGGCGAACAUCGAGAAAGAAUUCAAAUGUGAAUACAAACAGUUGAACAAACAGUGCAAGGAUUUUGUGGUGGGUAUCUUGGACCUGUGUCACAACACGCAGGAGGUCCAGGCCAUUCUCAACACAAGCCCGGACGACGAGGAGGAGAGGGAGACGACGUCAGCAAGACCUGGUCUCGAGAGGUUAAAAAUCGCAAUCAAGUACAAGGUCAAAAAGUUUGUAGCUCACCCCAACUGCCAGCAGCAGCUGGUGAACAUUUGGUACGAGGGUGUCGAAGGGCUCCGACAAAAGCCCACCAGCAUCAAGUGCCUUCUGGUCCUCAGUGUGGCCGCCUUUCUCCCGUUCCUGGCGGUCGCCUAUUGGAUAGCGCCGUGCUCAAGGGCCGGUAGAGUACUCCGGAGCCCGUUCAUGAAGUUUCUGGCGCAUGCGUCCUCUUUUGCAAUCUUUCUGGUCCUGUUGGUACUCAACUCUGCUGAACGGUUCGAGGGGUUCUCAACCGGAAACGUCAACACGACACAUCCGCCAUCCAUUGCCGGGAGAGACCGCGUUGGACGAUGGGAGCCUAUAGAGCUGCUAGUUAUUCUUUGGGUAUUGGGUAUGAUAUGGGCCGAAGUCAAAGAGCUGUGGGGAAGCGGCCUGAAAGAGUACACCUCCCAGAUGUGGAACCUGCUGGACUUCUCCAUGCUGUCCACCUUCCUGGCGUCCUUCGCGACCCGGUUCGUGGCCUGGUAUAAGGUGUACGAGGCGACCAACUACAUGAACGCUCAUCCGGGAAACUACUCCGGGACGCAGUGGGAAUACUACACCAAGGAGAGAUCAGACCGGAAGUAUUGGAUGGCCUCUGACCCGGAACUGAUAUCAGAGGGCCUGUUUGCGGUCGGGAUUGUGCUCAGCUUCUCCCGUAUUGCGUACAUCCUCCCGGCUAAUGAGAGCAUCGGUCCCCUGCAGAUCUCACUGGGGAAAACCAUUCUGGACAUCCUGAAGUUCAUGGUCAUCUUCUUCUUGGUCUUCACGGCGUUCAUGCUGGCCAUGUUCCAGCUGUACUCGUAUUACAGAGGGGCGAAGGACCACGCUGCGUUCGUCACGUUGGAGGAAACAUUCAAAGCUCUGUUCUGGUCAAUGUUCGGGCUAUCUGAGGUGAAAGGUGUACAUCUAAGAUAUGACCACAAGUUCAUUGAGAACGUCGGGUACAUUCUGUUCGGAGCUUACAACGUCAUCACGGUGGUCGUGCUGAUCAACAUGCUGAUCGCUAUGAUCAGCAACUCAUACCAGGAGAUAGAAGAUGAUUCCGACGUGGAGUGGAAGUUCGCACGAACCAAGCUGUGGCUGUCUUACUUCGAGGAGGGGAUGACCAUGCCAGCUCCCUUCAACCUCAUGCCGAGCCCAAAAACGUUCGUCUACAUCAUCCUCGGCAUCAAGAACCUCCUCUCAGACCUGUGCAGCUGCCGGAAGAAGAAGAAGAAGAAGAUAAGAAGAUACGACACGGAAUCACGGAUGACCCGACGGUCCAAUGGUGCCAUGGGAUCUCAUGCAAGUCUUGACAACAGUUUCUCCGUGAUGAACUGCAUUCGGGCAAUAGACGCGCCUACAGAAUACCAGUGCAUCAUGAAGAGACUGGUCAAGCGGUACAUUCUCACUGCACAGCGUGCACAGGAGGAGGGCGAGAUCAACGAGGGUGAGCUCGAAGAAAUCAAGCAGGACAUUUCAAGCCUUAGAUACGAGCUCCUUGAAGGCAAGGAGGACACAAACCGCCAGAUCUGGCUGAUCGGGAAGAAGAUAGAUCACUACCUAGGAGGGCCAUCCCCCGGAGAACACAUGGGAAAUGUAGCCGGUACAACUCUCCAUGCAGACAGAGAGUACUAACUGCCUGGGUAUAUAUGCGUAGUGUAUUCUCCCUAACUAGGCCCGGUAGUGUAUAAUCAUGCAACUACCCUUUGCGUACCGACUCGCGAUCCGUCCUUGCCGCACCGUUAGCCCUGGUCAGUCGUCACCAACCAAUCACGUCGCCGCCUACGGUCUAGGGGCAAGGUGAUUGGCUGACAACUUUCCCACCAAGGAUGAUAUUUGAUUGGCUGGCGGCUGGCCAGAGCUAACGCCUCGAGAAGAAUUAAUCGCAGACACGACCUCAGGAGCUGCUGCUUGAUGUACACAAUCGGUAGGCCUGGGAUGAGGGGAUGGGGGGAUGGUAGAUAUCCGAAGCCAAAAAAGACAAUAUGUUUGUUUGUAGAUUACAAGCUAGCUGGCUUUUCACCUCAGAUAGCCAUCCAUGGAUGUGGGUUUGCCAAUAGGUUGAGGAAAACUCUAAAUCUCAAUAUGAGUUGGCUUCUCGGACGAAUUCAUUUCCUGAGACAAUAAAUAGACAAGUAGGAUUCAUACAAUUUUGAGAUUUCUAGAUAAGAUAGCUGACGAAUAGAUGAUUAUAUGAACGUUUAUACUUCUGAAGGCUCCUUUGCCUGGGUCCGGAGUAUUUCUUUCUCGUCAUGGUAGAAACGUAAGAUGUCACGUAUAUAAGUGCAGAGAUUUUGAAUAGUCGAAUUGUAUUUCCGAAGACAACUAAACAGACAAUAGCGUUAUUACUAGUGUGUGUAUUGUUUCUGUAACAUUAACGAAAUAAAUCUCUGUAAGUUCGUAUGACGAAGUAAUGUUGUUUCAGACUCUAUAGGAAGAAAUAUACAUUUUAUGUCGAAUUACUACCAGUUACAUCUCUCUACGACAAUCUUGUACCAAGAUCUUCUCUACCAUUGUCUAGGAUUGUGAUACCUGCGUGUUUCUUUUAUGCGUGUUUCCAAGCUGCAAAAAUAAGCCAUGUCGCAGUUCCUGGUACGCAUGUGCAAUUAUGAUGCAUUUGUGAAGACCGUAAUGUAUCUCGACUAUACAUGCUCACUCGGACCUGUGACAUAGUUUAUUUGCUAUCUUCCCUGUUACUUAGGUGUUGUUGUU